AUGACUUACGUCUCAAAUGAUCCCAUUUGGUGGCCGAGAAUGAAUCUCGUUAUGUUUUUCAGCUAUUGGGGAGUUGCUGCCGGCGUCGUGAUGGUAUAUGAUUGGGUCUUAACAUUCGGACAAGAGAUUGAACUCAUCUGGAGACAACGCUGGUCUCUGAUGACUGUGCUUUAUUUGAUUGUUCGUACGCUAUAUUGGAAUGCCGUAUUCCGUUCUCAGUGUUCUGCAACUUAUGGCAUCGGUAUCGCUGACAGAUGCAGCAAGAUGACGUUCUACGGAGGGAAUGGCAUAGCUGUGGCCUUGGCUGCCAUGUUGGGCGUCAUCAUGAUUUCUCGGUUGCAUGCCAUGUAUCAGGGAUCUAGAACGAUGCUCGUGUUCCUUGUUAUUAUCUUUCUGGCUAUAAAUAUCGCCUGCGGAGUGAUCACGAUAAUAGUACUGGUGGAUAGUGUGGGGGAGGAGUUGAUACUCUCUGGCACAUAUAUGUGCAAUUAUGAAUUUAAAUUGAACUCCGAGUUUCUGUUUUCGAUGGUUUGGAUGCUCAACACUGUCUGGGAGGUCCUCGCAUUCUGUCUGGCAGUUUGGAUUGCUGUGAAGCACUGGUGUGGCCGGCGACGACUCGGACCAUCGACAGGAUCGACCAUUGGGGACUGUUUCAGAAUGCUCAUACAAUCUCACGUUCUUUAUUUUGCAAGCUUUCUUGGUGUCUCUUGCCUCCAGCUUGCUUAUUACUCUCCAGAUAUCUCGAGAGCAGAUUCUAUUGGAGCUAUGACACUUAGUGGUGCUCUUCAAAUUUUAUCGGCCGUGCAGAUGUUUGUGGUGGGACCACGCCUUAUUCUUAGCGUUCGAGAAUACAACGCGAAACUCGUGGCAUACACCAACGCAGAAGCUACCAUGGAUUCUAUUGUUUUCAAGGAGCAUGUACAUGUAUCAACUAGCAGUACUGUGUAG